AUCAUGAGUCCUUUCAUAUUUUCUGUCUGCGCGGCAUCCUGUUGAAGAGAAGGGGGCUCAAUAAACAGAGGUUAACUUUAUCGAACACAACUACCCUAGUCAGCAAGACUCGAGUAUAUACAAUAAGCUCCCGUCAGUACUCUUACUGAACUCUCGAACGAUUGUUGUGUUACAUAGGUGAUGUCAUCACUGUCAAACUGUAAGUGGGAAACAUUGAAGCCGCGAACACUCGUGAAUAUAUCUUUCGUAACUGAGAAUUUUUUUAUGCGCCAGAACGUGAUUCAAUAUCUUUAAUAAAUGAUAAAUUAUCAUCUCAGUCGUUCAACAUUGGAUUUUCAGUGAUCAACAUUUCUAUGGACACUUUUGAGUCAUAAGGCUUAACAACGGUCAACCCACUCUUCUUCUUUACUACUUGUGGACGACGUAUGUGCUAAUUGACCGGGUCUAAUAAGUGACUCGGCUCUUGGCCAUGCCAGACUUGUAAAUUUUCUCCUUCCGUGUCCAACAAUAGGACCGAGAAAUGGCUCUUCUGAAGAUGAGUUCCAAAAAAUGGCUCUCGUCUGGAUACCCAUCUCUUUUACCGGACGAUAGACCAAUUACUGCCAUCAGUGUUGUUGAAGACAUCGAUAAAUGCCCACCAAACUUCACUGUGAUAUCAAAAACGUAUGACCAAGACAUAGAUGCUGAUCUUUGGAGAGAGAGUGGCUUAUUCAUCAAGAAAAAAGGGAGAUACAUCUGUCAUUCAAAAACGGAAGGAGUCCCAAAUUAUGUUGUUCAAGAAAUAACGGUCAUAAAUGAAAGGGAGUCCCCUCCAGACGGAUACAGUAUGAUUCCUCAAACAAUAGACACUGAUCAAAAAGCCUGGAGAAAGAAACAGGUGUGUUAUAAACUAAGGAAUCGAGAUGCUUGUAUGGUAGCUGUGACGGAUAUUAUCGUCUGUAGUAGAAUCAAAAAAGCACCAACUGGCUUCACAUAUGCUGGAGAGGUCAAUGGAGUCAUUAUUUGUUACAAACUCAGCGCAAUUACCAAUAGAGAGCCUGGUUCACAAUCACAAUCCUACGAAAAUAUUAAUGUAUUACAAACUCCUUCGCCGAAUCCAUCAAAUGGAAUUUCAAACUCUCAUCGAGCGCCACCAGAACGACCACCGAAGCCAAAGUUUUCACCUAAACCACAAAAUGGAAUUUAUCCUCAGGUGUCAGGUGGUGGUUUAUUAACAAAAAAGGAGGUCGAUGAGUCCUUAGAUCGUGACUAUGAAGUAUUAAGUCCAAGUGCAAGAAUCAAACCAACAAGACCAGCACCUGAACCCCCUAUCACGUCUUCCUUUAGCAAUUCAAUGCCUCUCUAUGGCACACUGCCAGGCUCCUCUGACUUGGAUGGAGUUCCUUUCGUAUUGAAUCCUCUUCUCAGUCUCCAUUCAGAUCCAGAUUUUAAAUUUCCUGUGAUUAAGGCGCGAACUAGACGUGAGAUAGAUAAAGAGUAUUAUUAUGACUUCCGUGCUGAAAAAGAAACUUAAAAGAAAAUCAACAAACAUCGUGCCAAACGAAUUGUACCAAGUACCAUAUUAUUGUUAAUUGAAGCAGCUAUAUCCGAACGUUUUGUAUCGAUAAUAUAGCAUAGCCAUAUUGUAAUAGAGUGCCUGAAUGAGUGAACUGUACUAAUCACGUGAAAUUAGACUGUGUGAUUGACACAGGAUGACAGAGUUUACAGAUUUUGUAAUUUAAAAUGUUCUCAAUUUGAACUGUUUUACAAUUAAAGCUUUGUUUCUUCAUA